AUGAACUUUAAAAAUCUUGGUCGUCCUAUUAUCUUGAAAUCCCAGUUGUACGCACUAGUUAAAAAUAAAAACAAGAUAGAGUCGCAACUGCUAGAAAUGCAAGAUUCUCAAAAGAUACGUUUACUUAAAAUACAUGAUGAAAUAGACGACUCUGUUGGCAUAAUGAAGUCUGAUGAUUUUGUUAGUUCCUUCACGGAACUAUCUUGUCCUGUCGGUGAUGUGGAACUUUUAGAGAAAUUUUCUGAUUUCUGUAGUAAGAAGUAUCAUCAUCUAAGUAUAUGUAAGCCUGUUGCAUUAGAAAAUUUUUCUGAUGGUGAAAUAAGCACUCUGAUUCACUAUGGUGCUUUGACGAUUAAAUCUGAAAGCAGUUGGUAUAUUUCUGCUCCUCACCUUGGUCGUUUUCUUCGAGCAUACAAAGCCGGUCAACGAGGUUUGUUAACAAUGAUCAAAAGGACCAAAUUCAAAGAAAUAUUAUUAUCCGAAAUAUUCAAUCGAAAUCUUGGCAAAGAUUCUUACCUGGGUCAUAUGUAUCACAUACUAGCUCAUUUAGGUGCUGGAACUUUAAAUUCGAUUCACACCAGUUCUGGUCUGCUUAUAAGAUUAUAA